CAACAAGCUCAGCAUCUCAGAUUUCCGUUGAACCGUUCAUACUUUCCCUUUGUCCAAACGUCAAGGUUACAGAGGUCAGCACGCACUCGUAUCUUAUACACAAAUCCGUUCAACUAUGGAUCCCAUUACCGCCCUUGGAGCCGUAGCCAGCAUCGUCCAACUCGCCUCAGUCGCUCUGUCCCUCUCGAAAUCCCUCUACAGCCUCACCUCCGCCAUCUCCUCUGCGCCAGAAGAUACAAUCACCUUAUGCUCGGAUUUAGAAUCCUUCUCUGAUUCUCUGAUGGUUUUCUCUAGACUCUUGAAAGAAGGCGAGUGUUUUUAUUCAGAUGAUAUAUAUCUCUGUGCCGCCAAGAUUAUGCGGGGUGCCUCUAAUUUGUAUGUUAAGAUACAAAAGUUAACGGGCAAAUUAGGAAAAGGGGGUUGGAGAACAAGAGUUAGGUGGGGCUUCAAGGAGGAGGAAAUCAGGAAAUUGAUGAAGCGAUUAAGUGAUAUGAGGGGAGUUCUGGUGCAGAUCACUGUUAGUCUACAUUUGGACUUGGAGUUAUCGCGGUUGUGAGUUGAACUUUAUCUCCUCAUUUUGGUUAAUCCACGGCGUACUCUGUGUCUUUAAGCAAGAUGAAAGCGCGGCUGCGAUGAAUUGAACAGAUAUGAGUUCGAUAGUCGCAUGACUGACACUUUUUGCAGAGGCAUUUCAAGCAGAAGCAAACUCCAAAGUGGGGAAGGGAGAGUCUUGAGGCCCAACACUAUCCGACGUCUUGAGGAAGCAGUCCAAGCUGUGAAAACGAAUGGUAUAUCGGUCCAAAGUUUUACCGACUCAGACUGCCAGGACAACUCUUCCAUGACUUCGAACACUGGCUUUCCUAUAGAUAAUGCAAGGGCCAGGGAAUCGAAGCCAGCGUUCAACGAAUUUCAUUCGGCUGAGGCGAGCAGGUCAACAUCCACUGGAUUCGAUGGAAUGACUCUUUUGGUGGAAGACCCAGUUAUUGGCGUACCUUCUCAAUCCUCCCGUCAUAACACAGGACUUCAGGCAGUCAUGGCAACCACGGGCAACAAAUCCGGAGAAAUUAACAGUCGUAGGGAAUCUGUCUCUUCUCUAGCAAGUUCGGCUACUGCCAGUUCAUUGCCUACGAUGAACGCCAUAGCAGUCGAAUUAGCCACCAGCCAAGCUAGCACAGGGAUUACAAACGAACCAUUUUCCGUAUGUAUAGAAAAUCAAUCCCCUACUCGAAAUCAUAUGACUUCCCCAAUGGCACCACCUCAAUCUCACAUGCAACUUACGAACUUCCCAUCCAAGACAGCAUCGCCAAGUCUGAGAUCUCUGCCAUCAACCGAUAGUUUCAGGAGUGCCUUGUCAGCACAAAAAGAAUACGAGUUAAAAGACAAGGUUAAAGAAGCUGUUGAAAGUAUUCUGCAUGCAUAUCAAACAGCCAUUGAAGUACUGGAGAACACUGUGACAGUUUUUGAUUUAGUGAAUAAGGGUUCGCUUAGCGAAGUUGCGGGUGUACCCUUCCGUAGAUAGACAAAUACCUAAGGAGUGCGAAGAGCGUCUCUCUUCCCUCCUUGCGAACAAUCUAUUCCUUGAUCCCCACCAUAACAAACACCGUCAAUGAACAAACACCACGCUCCCGAGAACUGGGCUUGGCAACCAACAUGCUCAAAACGCAGCUUCAGGAUGGAAAAGCAAUCAUUAAUAUAAAGUACAACCAUUUCUUUCAGGCGGGUGAUACCUGUGACUUCAAAGAUCUGGACGUUAGGAAGUUGGAAAUGAUAGGGUCCACUCUUUUGACAGAUAUUGUAUUGAACCUUCAUAGACACUCGAAAAAGUCGGAUUCAUUUCUUGUGGAUAUUUUUACAAGGUUACGUUUAGCUUCCCAGGAUUACCAUAUUCAAGACUCCUUUCAACUAGACAAUAUCCAAAAAAGGGCUCUAUUGCCGGAGCAGGAGUUGGAAGAUGUUCAGCACGGAAAUAUCUUUAUGCAUACACUAUACACAGGUCUCCAAUCUCUCCUAACCACAGAACCACCAAUUAUGGCUUGCAUCAACAACCCCUAUUUAAUGGGUGCUCUGAUUCCUUAUUUUAGGUAUAAUACGGAAUUGGUGGCGAGCAAAAGAGAUUCGAAUCCCGUCGCAGGGAAGACUCUCGCAAUGAUAAGUGGCCCGAGAAUUCUUCCACGGUCUCCCACUGAGCACAUCCCUCGACUCUCCUUGCAACAAAUAACAUCAUUACAACCAUCUACUCCCGCCAAACCACAAACUCUGUGGUCCAAAACUCGGUCAUUUCUCCAAAUACAACAUCCAGAAAUCGUCGCAUCUCUAACUUCACAAUUUUCGAAACGAACAAUGAUAUUUCCCUAA